AUGAGUCGGCCAUUGACGAGUCGCCUCGCGGCGCAAUCGAUCCUCCGAGGCCCCCGAGCCACCGUCUCCAAGUCCUCCUUCAAGAUUGCCCGCCCAAUCUCACAGACGAGUGCCCGCCGCGAUGAUGACCUCCCACCUCCUCCGCCUCGAGCACCCCGGAAGAGGGUCCUGGGUCAACCCAGCGCCUCGUCGUUCCUUCAGAGCAUCUACGGCAAGUCACAGCCGAACGCCGCCCAGACGCCACAGAACAAUGCCAUGGCCAGUCUUUCCCAGAGCCUCGCCCUCAAGGCUCUGAAGAAGACCAAUCUCGACAUGAGCCCUCUCGGAGGAGGGGGCAUGCGGGCAGCACAAGCCAAGGAGGACGACCUUGAGCCAUUCCACUUCCACAUCUACUCGCACAAGCACAACACCCACAUCACCUGCACGAAGCCCAAUCGCGAGCCCAUUAUUUCCCUCUCGGCCGGCAACAUUGGUUUCCGCAAGUUUCGACGCGGGACAUUCGAUUCCGCCUACUCCCUCACAAAGUACGUCCUGGAGCGAUUGAUCCACACCGGCUGGCCCAUGAAGAUGAACCGGUUGGAGGUGGUGCUGCGAGGCUUCGGCCAGGGACGAGAGGCGGCCCUCAAGGUCCUGAUGAGCCCAGAGGGCAAGGUCCUGCGUGACAAGAUUGUCCGUGUGGCCGAUUCCACGAGAAUCAAGUUUGCCGGAACCAGAAGCGAGAAACCCAGACGUCUGUAA